GUGCACACGUACAUGCGACAACAAAAUCCAGGGUGCCUCGCACUUCUCGCACGUAAAGUUGUGGAGGACGAAUGCGCGUGAGUUUUAUAUCGCCAGCUGUUCUACACGGGAAAGGAUGGAGGGUGAUACGGCAGUUGAGAGUGCUCCAGCACCCUGCGCGAGAGGCAAAGGAGAGGCUGGGAUAAAGAAAGAAUUCAUGCGUCCGGUCCGUUCGUACGCAUCCAGGACUGUAUCAGCUCCGGCGCCACCAGCAGAAGCAGCCAAAGGAAAUGACGCAGCAUCAGAGGCCAGCACAACCGCCAGUGCCGCUUCUGCAGACUCAGCGAAUACAACCACUGGUGAUGUUGCCGAAGCAGCUACGGGCGUAGCUGAGAAGAGGCCUGCCAGUGAGUCUGCAGAGGCCGACGCUCCGCCGGCCAAACGCAAGCGCGGUAUGAAUAAGAGCCGUAAGCCGACCGUCAAUCGCCUGCCCAUGGCGCAGCGCCUGUGCUCUCAGGUAGCGCGCAGUGAGGAUUGUACGUACGGAGAGAAGUGCCGGUUCAGCCACAACAUUGCUGCUUUCCUGGCAGCGAAACCCAAGGACCUGGAAGGGGAGUGCGUCAUCUUCAGUGAAACUGGAAAGUGUCCACACGGUGUGAUGUGCCGAUUUGCCGGUAAACAUUUGUCAGCCAGCAAUGAGAAUGUUACUAAUUUAGACGUCGCGAAUAGCUACCACCCGACCACCGUCAACUUUCUCUCCAAGGAGCUGCAGACAGAAUUGCGACAACGCAGCUAUGACUUCUCACGUACCGAUGCCAUUAGCAGAGAUCUGGAUCGGCUCUGCGGCGUUUCUAAGGACGGCACCCAGAAGCAAUCUGGUGGCGGCAACGAUGCAGUCCCUGCCUCGAGCGCUUCAGUGGCAGAGGCGUCGGCCGCUGCAGUGGCAGCACCGACCAAGACUCUCGGAGCGGUGACGGAUCUCGACCAGAUCCGGCUGCGGCCGCAGGAGAAGAAAAUCAUUGAUUUCUCCGACAAGCUGUACUUGGCCCCACUGACCACGGUCGGCAACCUGCCAUUCCGGCGUAUCUGCAAGCGCUACGGCGUGGACAUCACGUGUGGAGAGAUGGCUCUGGCCACCCAGCUCCUGCAGGGCCAGACCAGCGAGUGGGCGCUCGUGCGGCGCCACGAGUGCGAGGACAUCUUCGGCGUGCAGAUUGCUGGUUCAUUCCCGGACACCAUGACACGCUGUGUACAGGUCCUGCAGGAGCGCUGCGAGUUGGACUUUAUCGACAUCAACGUUGGCUGUCCCAUCGACUUGGUCUUCAAAAAGGGUGCAGGCUGUGCAUUGAUGGGCAGGCAGACUCGAUUUGAGCGAGUCGUUCGCAGUGUCUCCGCUGCCAUGGAUAUUCCUCUGACUGUCAAGAUGCGCACCGGUGUGUAUGACAGGAAAUACAACGCUCAUGAGCUCAUACCCAAACUCUACGACUGGGGAGCAUCACUGGUCACUGUGCAUGGUCGUUCCCGUGAGCAACGCUACACACGCUCAGCUGAUUGGGACUACCUCUCCAAGUGUGCGUCUGCAGCGGACGGACGCUAUUUCUACGGCAAUGGAGACAUUCUAUCGUACGAAGACUUUGAGAACCAUCGCAACAUAACCGGCCUAUCUGGUGUUAUGCUGGCCAGGGGUGCUCUCAUCAAGCCAUGGCUGUUUACGGAGAUCAAGGAGAAGCGGCACUGGGACAUCUCGUCUUCAGAGCGAUUCGACAUCCUGCGUGACUUCAGCAAAUAUGGCCUAGCUCACUGGGGCUCUGACUCUAAGGGCGUGGAGACCACACGACGUUUCCUCCUCGAAUGGCUGUCGUUCUUACACAGAUACAUCCCAGUUGGCAUACUAGAGACUCUACCACAGCGUAUCAAUGAGCGCCCGGCACCGUACUUUGGCCGUGAUGACAUGGAAACUCUUCUGGCCAGUGACAACUGUCAGGACUGGGUUAAGAUCAGUGAGAUGUUGCUGGGACCAGUUGCCGAUGGGUUCUCGUUCCUCCCCAAGCACCGUGCCAACUCAUACCAGGCGCCGUCUCAGUGAUAACGACGACCGCCGCGGCAGCAAUGCUGCUCUGCACCUUGUGGACACACUCACACGUACCCACAGUCUUUGUGUGUGUGGGGGGGGGGGGGCAGGCCAGGCGAAGACUAUGUUGCCUUGGCUGUGGAGCUACCGAGAGUGUGGUGCUUGUGCUUGAUCGCCAGUACAUGUAAUGCUGUCCGACAACUGCCAACCUUUUAGAAAGCUGAAGCCGCAGCUGCACAGCCAUUUGGCUGAACCACGACUACUGCAGAACUGAUCUCUGUGAUAGUGUUUUGUUCAGUUUCAAUCAAUUUAACCAAGAGUCCAUGAACAACGAUUACAAUGUGCAACUGUGGUCUCUUUUCUAUCGGCCAGAUGUGUAGCACGCUGCCUUUAUUACAUCAUUCAGCUGCAAUGCGGGUCUGGACUUCACGAGCCCAGAAUUGAUACUGCGUGGCUACUCGAUCGAAUCCAGCAAAAACGGA